GUGUGUGUGUUGGUAUUCUCCUGCAGAAGUUGGCACUGCUGCUGGGCUGCCUGUGACAUCGCCGCCAGAGUCGGAAUGAACGCGCCGAGUAAGUGUGAGGAUGGAUGAGGGAGGCUUUGGGCCGGUGGGCUGCGGAACAACGCCGCGCCGCGCUGCCGCGUCCGGAUUCCGAGAUGGUGGCGCGUCCGCGCACCGGGACACCGGCAGAGAAAUGACAAUCCGGCGUCUGCAUUCGCGCGACCAUCAUCGGCGUCAGGACGGACCGACGGCGGAGUAGAGAGAGAGAGAGGAGGGGAGGUCGCCGUCAUGGAGAAACAAUGCAGAGUCAAGGAGGACGGGAAGGAAGAGAAGCGCAAAGAGAGGAAAACCAAAUCCGGGAAGCUUUUCCGGAAGAAAUCGCUCAAGUCCGUGGGAAGCUUCGUGAACAGAAUCAUGAAAACUUUGGGCACUUUCACCCACUUCGGGGACGGGGACGCGCAGGACGCGGAGGACGACGACGGCGGGUUCGGAGACGGCGCACCUUGCACCCUCACCGCCAGCUCGGGGAUGAUCAGGGAGGACGCGGCGCCGGCGGCCGCGGUGGUUUGGGACCGGGCGGCCAAGCACCCGCCGAGCACGUCUUCGUCUCUGUGCGCCGGCAGAGAGAAGCUGCUGUACCAGUACGGGGACAAAGUCCCGGGCGUGCUGGGGCUGAAGAACCACGGCAACACCUGCUUCCUGAACGCGGUGGUCCAGUGUCUGAGCAACACCGACCUGCUGGCGGAGUAUCUGGGGUUGGAGCGCUACAAGAUGGACCUGAGGCGGCAGGGCAGGAGCUCCGCGCCGGGGGCUGAGGAGAGGCGGCCGGCGAAGGGAGAAGUCACGGAGCAGCUGGCCGGUCUGGUGAGGGCUCUGUGGACUCUGGAGUACACCCCGCAGCUCUCGGUCAACUUCAAGACGGUCGUGUCCAAGUACGGAUCCCAGUUUCGUGGCAACUCCCAGCAUGACGCCCUGGAAUUCCUCCUGUGGCUGUUGGACCGCGUCCACGAAGACGUCAUACUGGCGUCGCACAACAACAACAACAAGACCAAAACUCCAGAGAAGGGUCCCGGCGGAGCUGACGAGGCGCCAUGCCCAGACCCGAUCCCGUCCCAGCAGCCCAGGGCCCAGCACAGCUUCGUCCAGGAGCACUUCCAGGCUCAGUACAAAUCUUCCCUGACGUGUCCCCACUGCCUGAAACAGAGCAACACCUUUGACCCUUUCCUCUGCAUCUCGUUACCCAUCCCUCUCCGCCAGACGAGGCUGCUGUGCGUCACUCUGGUGUUCAGCACCAAAGGCCAGCGGUACCUGCGGGUCGGCAUGGCCGUGCCUCUGUUCGGCUCCGUGGCCUGCCUGAGGAGGAUGGUGGCGGACGAGGGCAAGCUCUCCCCAGACCAGGUGAUCCUCACAGAGGUGUACUCCACCGGGUUCCACCGCUCCUUCUUUGACGAGGACGACCUGACGCGCAUCGCCGAGAACGACGUCGUCUACGCCUUCCAGGCGCCCCCGCUCUACAUCAGAGGGGGGUCUGCGCGCAUCUCAGGUUAUCAUCACAGCCUGCCGUCAUCUCCUUACUCCUCCGGGCCUGAGGGUCAAAGGUUACCAUCCUCUGGAGCCUUAUCGUCAGAGUUCCUCAACCACGGUGUCCCGGUCAAGAUCCUGCUGCUGGUGUGCAAUGCUGCUGGAACAGGCCAGCAGACUGUGAGGUUUGGGCCGCCGUUCCUAAUGAGGGAGGACCGGUCUAUUUCCUGGGACCAGCUCCAGCAGAGCAUCCUCAGCAAGCUGUAUUACCUGAUGAUCAACGGCGCUCACGCCCAGAAUAUCCGAGUGCUUUUCAACAUCCGAGUGGUGGGAGGGGCCACAUUUCACAACUACCUGUCGCCUCAGGAUGGGAGACCGCUGUACCACCCCGCUGUCGACAGGGCCCUGAAGCUGUGUGGUUCCGGAGGGCCUCCUCACGUGAAGCUCAUCAUCGAGUGGGAGCACAGAGUCAAAGACUGCCUGUUCGGGAACAUCCACGAGGAAGUGGUGAAGGACGGAGACAGCGUCCGAAACCUGCAGCAGCAGCACGUCCAGCAGUUCAGCUGCACCUUGGACGAGUGCUUCCAGCUCUACACCAAAGAGGAACAGCUCGCCCCAGAUGACGCCUGGAAGUGCCCGCACUGCAAGCAGCUGCAGCAGGGCAUGGUGAAGAUGAGUCUGUGGACCCUGCCGGACAUCCUCAUCCUCCACCUGAAGCGCUUCAGGCAGGUGGGCGAGCGGCGGAACAAGCUCACCACCUUCGUGCAGUUCCCCCUGGCGGGCCUGGACAUGACGCCCCACAUGGUGAGCCGCAACAACGGCCCCUACCAGGGCCCCCUGCAGGCAGGCUGGAAGCACUGCAGGCGGCCUGACCAGGCGCCACCAGACUUCCUGUACGAUCUCUACGCCGUCUGCAACCACCAUGGCGGGAUGCACGGCGGUCACUACACAGCCUUUUGUCGAAACUCAGUCGACGGUCAGUGGUACAGUUACGACGACAGCUCCGUUGAGCCGGUCCCGGAGGCCGAGGUGUGCACACGAGGAGCUUACAUCCUCUUCUACCAGAAAAGAAGCACCAUCCCUCCCUGGUCUGCCAGUUCCUCCCUCACUGGUUCCACCUGUUCAUCCACCUCUGACCACUGGCUGGUCCGGCUGAACGGGGGAAGCUGCGACAGCGGCAGCGUGGUCUCAGGGGUUCCCAGUCCAGCUCUUUUGGAACCGGGAUUUGCCCCGGAGUCUCCCGAGUUGCCGGUGUUUGGAGACGAGCCCAACAGAGGAGUAGAAGGAAAUGGCUCCCAUCAGAUGAUGCGAGGUACCAAGGUUAGGAGCUCGAGCAUGAGAUCACCUGCCAAACCCAAGGACGCCCUGAACAAAGUUCUUCCACUGCGUUGGUCUUUUGGGUCCAAAGACCGCAUAAAGCACCCGGCACAAGUCCAGUCUGGAGAGCUGGUGGAGUACCUGGAGUCUGGACGCCGGCCCAGAUGCACCAAAGACCCUAUCAUCACACUGGUGGCCACUCCGCCACAGAGGAGAGUCCUUGACGUGGGACGGGACUGCAGCUCACCCGGCGGCGGCAGCCUCAGCUGUACGGACAGGCUCAGCUGUGAAGCUUGUUACUCUCCCAAAAUCCCAGAGGGGCAAAGGCGAGCCUGUCUGGAAAGAAACGCAGGCCAAGGAUCUGAUAACGACGGAAACCUCCGUUCGAGAGAUGACGAUGGUUUGAGGCAAGGAUCUUUAUCUAAGAGACUGAGAACUGACCAGGUCAGGGCUCUGGACUUCCACCUGCAGAGAGGGGGCAUUCUGGGUGGCCAUAUAAGCCACAGCGCUCCUCCCAGCAGAGAGUCUACGCUCAGAAGAACCACCGUUCAGGCGACUGGCCUCACAAGGGCCCAAAAAGACUUAUCACAGAUGAUGGAAAGCAGGAGGGACCCAACAGGAGACGAGGGUGAGAGCCAAGAAAAUCUCAUGUCAUUUUUCAAGCCGGUUUUGAUGAACAAAGACGUUCCUAGGACCCCGGGUAAGGAACAAGUGAGACAAAUGAAUGGCCACGAACAUCUUGGAAAACUAGCGAGCAGUAACUUAGCCAAGCUGUCGCUUUCCAACGGGACUCUUCCAGCACCAGGCAGCAGCGUUCCCACCUGCGACGGCCACAGCUGCAAAGCCCAUCCGCUCAAUGGAAAAGCUGCUAAUCAGGAGCCUGUGGAUAUCCAGCGGGCUCACAGCUCCAGCAACAUCCAGACCAAGCUGGAUUUCACGUUUCGCAGAUGUGCCUCCCUCCAGAGGAACGGGGAGGUGGGGAUCCCUCAGGCGCACCGUGUCCUGCUGUCAGACAAGCCUGGCUACUCCACGCUGCAGCGGACGCGGUACAGCACCACCUCCCUGGUGCCCAUGUGACAGCCAAGAAUGACGGCCAGACAAAAGAACCUCUCACCUGGCACCCAGAGAAGCGCCCCCUGCUGGAGGCAUUGCUCACAGCAAAUGACAUCUCUACUAUUUUUUGUUUCUUUUUUAAUUAUUCUUAUUUAAUCUUUUCAUUGUACUGUUUUAGGUUCUUACCUGUGUGUGUCUUAAACUAAAUCUAUGCAGAGUUUUAAAAAGAAUCUGAGGGAAAUUACUAGUCCGUCCCCCUCAAGUCACUCUUUUCUCACACUGUUUUUACAGAUUUCUCUUUUUUUUUUCUUUUCUUACUGUCUGUUUGAGUGAAUCGUCAGCAUUUGGGGAAAACGAGAGCGAUUUGUGAAUGCUCUGCGCUUGAGCUUCCACGCAGGAAGUUGUUUUUCGACAAGUGCAGUUUGUAUUGACGUGUAGGAAAGCAAUAUUUGCUCUGCUGGUGGGCCGGCUUAUUGAAAGACCACAAAAAAGUACUAACACUGGCCUAAAAAUUUAAACACUGGACAAAAAUAGUUUGCUGUUAUAGAGUCCAUUUUUAAAACAAUUUAUUUAUCAAAUUAAUGUAUAUAUAUAUAUAUAUCUAUAUUAUUAAUGCACUUCUUUAAAUGAUUUUAUUUUUUUUAUUUUAACAGGCGACUAACCUGUCAGAUGGCUUAUGGAGGCAGUGGCACAUGCUAUUUUUUAAGCCUUUGAUACAUGGAGAUGUGGAAAAUCAUCCCAUAACCGAUCUUCCUGACUUUUGAUGUUUUGUGGACUGAUGCAGCAAGAAUUUGUGCGUUAGAAACGACUCCAUCAGAAACCAGCAAAUAUAAAAGGAAAAAAACAAAAGCAAAUAAGGAAAUGCCUCUGCCCCCUUUAUUGAUACGACGUGACUUUUUCACAUUUUGCACGUGAAAUUCGUUGGAAUUUUAUGUGCUGGACCAACAUGAAGUAGUGUCUGAGGUUUAAACCUUAGCACAGUAUCUCAGUUGCGUUUAUGUCUGGGUUUUAACUGGGCCGUUCUAACACAAGAACGUCAAUCUAAAUAAUUCCAAAGGACAUCAUAGUCCAAAACUAUUCACACACCCAGUGGAUUUGGGUUUAAACUGAUUUUUUUUCUUUCGACCGUAAAAAAGAAAGCAGAAUCCUGACUUGAAUCUGAUACUGACACGUGGAAGGAAUUAAAAUCAGGGUGAUGGCAUAUAAAAGCUCUCAUAUAAGAUUCUUUUAAAAAUGUCCACAAUGCGACGCAAUGUGGAAAAGUUGGUGUGAUGAUAGGAAAGUAAAGACACAUUCAUACAAAACUCAUUACAAAGGCUCCCAGCGUAAUCCCUAUAAUAAAUAUGCAAAUGGAUAUGAGUUAGCUGAUGGCUAAGAGAAUCCCAGACGAGCUGCAAAGCAAUAAGUGAGAGAUUUAAUAUUCAAACCCAGUUGUAAGGAUGUAAAUGUGUGAAGUGCAGUGAAAUUGUUUCUUACAAAAUAUAACUAUCAACAAAGGACUGGAUCCAGGGGCAGCUUUUGCAGCUUCUGUUUUUUUUCCCAUUUGUGAUUGAAAGACGGAAUUAUUCCGUGCAAAUUCACUCCGCAGCCGUAGAAGCGGAAUAAUCAUGGUUCAUUGGAUUCUCAUGACUUGUUUGGGUGGUGAAGGUUGUCCAUUAAUGCACAGUUUGUAAUGCACGUGGCUCACAGUCUUCAGUCGUAAAUAUUUUGUGUCUGUCAGCUUUUUUUUUUUUCCUGUCAGGAGUGAAAGUCAAAGAGAGUAUGACCACGGUUUUGAUUCAUUUUCAACCUGAGUAUUUUUCAGUUUUUGUCAUUUUUACGUGCUUCCUGAUCUCUCAUUUGCCUCUGAGGAAUAUUAAUCUACGUCUUCGGCUGUAAGAAAAAGGAAGGAUGCGAUGAGACAUUAUUUCUGAAAUUUGGUUAGAUUAUAUUUCAGUAAUUUUUUGGGAAAAAAAAAAGUCUACGUUUUGUACCUAAUUUGUAACUGUGCCAUUAAAGGACCAGACUAAAACUGUAUGUUUCACACGACUUCAUAUGGUCAGAAUGUUACAUGGAGGAAAGUGGGUUUAAAUUUGGACACCUGCACAUACAAGCCUUUGUGUUGGACUGUCCAUUAUGUGUGCCGCAAUGCAAGUUUUAACGAUUGCAAAUUAAACACAGCCUUUCUCACAAA